AUGGCUGGAGCUAUUGUCUCGCUUGUUCUGCAAACGCUUGGAAAUAUGUUGAAAGAUGAAGCAAGAUUCUUGUCGGGAGUGACGGAUCAAGUUGAAGAAGUCCGGAGAGAGCUAAAGCGAAUGCUCUGCUUCCUAAAAGAUGCAGAUGCCAGAAACUGCAAAGAUGAAACAAUUCAUCUCGUCGAGACGUUUGCUAUUGAAGUUGCGUCCAGGAAAUCAUCAGGACAUAGAGGUGUCAAGAAAGUUCUUAAAAGAGUUUCCGGCACAUUUGCUGAGAUUAGAUCUCUUCAUAACAUAGGAGUGGAGAUUACCAAAGUCAAAAGUGAUCUAAGUAGCCUCACUGCAAGUCUCCAAAUGUAUGAUGUGAGAGCUAUUGGUGAAGCAGAAAGCUCAAGUGCAGCGAAUGAUGAUCGAAAGUUCCAACAAUGGAUACGGCAAACUUAUGCCCAUGAGGUUGAGGAUUACUUCGUUGGAAUGGAGGAUGAUAUAGCUAAUUUGGUGUCACUAGAGGAUGUCAAGUUCAUGGGACACAGGCAGUUGGUCCAACAACUUCAUCAAGUGCAGAUAGAGAAAAAAUGUUUGGUUGUUCUUGAUGACAUCUGGAAAGUGGAUGAUUGGAAAAGCUUGCUUGCGGCAUUUCCUGUUGUUGAACGGGACAUCAAAGUUUUGCUCACAACUCGUAACAGGAAUGUUGCAAAAAAAGGAUGUCUCUAUGAGCUUAAAUGCUUGAAUGAAAUGGAAGGCUGGGAGUUGCUACAAAAAGAUCGCUUUUGCAAGAAAGCGAGCAGGGAUAUCAGCAUAAUAGAUGGAAAACGUAUGAUCUAUCAUGAGGGAAAGGAUUUGAAGAUUGAAAGAAAUCUACAGGAUGUUGGGAUUGAAAUGGUAUCCAAGUGUGGAGGCCUACCAUUGGCUAUUACUGUACUAGGAGGAAUUCUCAAGACAAAAAUUCCUUCAGAGAAUGGCAAAUGGUGA